AUGUUACAACUCAACGGAAAUUCCGAACUAAGUGUAUUUGCACCAAAAGCAAGUCUUCCAUUACCAACUACUCCGACAUCAAAACUUUGGCAACCAGAACCAUUAUUUAAAUUAGUAGAUUCACUCUUAGCCAAACGAGCAAAGAAUGCUACAACGAUCAUUGAAGCGGAUGGAGCAGCUGCUGAUCCUGCUAGUCUUGGAGUUCCACUUUUGGUUUUAGAUAAUGCUUCAAAACGAGCCAAUAAGAAACCCAAGUAUGAUUAUUUAAAGAUAGCACAAGAACAAUACGAUCAUUUGAUUACUAAAGUUCCAAAGGAUAAGAAUGGGGCUAUCUCUCAACGUGAAUCUGAGGUCCAAUACUGUGAGACUAAUUGUUGGUUAUCGUUUCGUCAAAAUCUCAGGUCUGAUUUUGUUCACAUGGUCCCUCCUUUCAUUGCUUACCUGGGCGCCAUGAAUUCGGAUUAUGCCGUAUUAGAGAACUCGUACCUCCAAUGUAAAUAUAAUCGUGACGUUCUACUCGAUCCAAAAUCUAGAACAUGGAGACAUAUCCUGAAGGGUUCAUUCCAGGACACUGGUAUAUGGAGUACCGGUAAUGGAUGGGCUGCUGCUGGUAUGAUGAGAGUUAGACAGACCAUGGAAGCAGUCUCGAAUAAAGAAUUAGCUGGAAAGUUAACCAAGAUGAAAACUGAUUUAGAAAGUUGGAUUUCUGAGAUCAUUGUGGGAUCUUUUAAAUUUCAAUCUCCAAAAAGCAACUUACUUCCAAAUUACUUUGACAAGAAACCUUCUGAAACAUUUGAAGAAGUAUCAGGAACAGCUCUGAUCACCGCAACAGCUUAUCGACUAGCAAACCUAAACAAGAAAUUUAACACAAUCUUACCAAUGCAGAAAGUAGAAGCAGCCAGAAAAACAAUCUUAGAAAAACAUCUGGAUCCAAAGACUGGAAGUGUUUCUACUGUUGUAGAUCCAUUAAAUUGGAAUUCAAAAGCUGCAUUUGAUGGAUCACCUGGUAAACAAAGUCCUGAAGGACAAGCCUUUGUGGUACUCAUGCAUACUGCUUGGAAGGUUUACAUAACUUCAAAUCCUACAACCCAACCUACUUCUGGCUCUACUAAGACUAAGAGAAGUCAUGCACAAUUAUGA